AUGGCUCCCCUUACCUCAUUCCUCGCCUUUUCCCAGCUCCUCGCUCUCGCCAGUGCUCAAUUCUUCAUUCUCAACUGCGGAAAACUCACCGUCCAACGUUCGGACCCGAUCGUCAGCCCUGGGGUACCUAGCGGACAUGUGCACGCCGUGAUUGGAGGCACUGCCUUCAAACGAACCCUCAGCAACGAAGAAGCACGCAAUGCUAAAGAUACGACAUGUAUCUCGAUGGACAAGAGCAACUACUGGAUUCCACAGCUGUACCAUGAGAACAGGAAUGGAACCUUUACUUAUGUUCCUUUCGAGGGAUCGAUGUCCUACCCUCAAACCACUGGCGACUACAACGGUGGCGUAUGCCCCCAAUCACAUCCCGUCGCCAUCUUCUCCCUCUUCUAUGAGUUCUUCUUCACCGCUGGCCGUAUCUCUGCUGCUGAUUUCAACCGCUACGUCUAUGCUAUGGGCGACGCUACUGGCUACGGCCUACACGGCGAUUUUAUCAACGGCUGGGCCGACCAAGGCGCAUUAGAGCGGUCGAUUGCCACUUGCACGGGUUCACAGGGUCUACAAGAUCCGAACUGCAGUUUACGUCUAGGAGGCAGCUUAGGGAGUCCAGGAAACAAAGAUCCCGAGACGGCAGCACCUGUUGAAGACGUGGGCAUGACUGGACCAGUGGCGAAAUUGCCAGGAGAUAACCCCGUGACGGGCUGA